AUGGCCUAUGACCGAUAUGUUGCCAUCUGCCACCCACUACACUAUGCAUCUGUGAUGAAUUGGGGAACCUGUAUGCACCUGGCAUGUGGUGCGUGGAUGGUAGCUUUGCUUAAUGCUGCUCUACACACAGGUACCAUUUUUUCAAUGCCCUUCUGUGCCAACAUCAUCAACCAGUUCUUCUGUGAAGUCCCACAACUUGUCAAGCUGUCAUGCUCUGAUUCAUACCUCAGUGAAUUUUGGGCCCUUCUCUUCAGUGUAUCUUUAGGUCUUGGCUGCUUUGUGUGCAUUGUGAUGUCCUAUGUGCAGAUCUUCACUGCAGUGUUGAACAUGCCCUCCAUGGAGAAGAGACAAACGGUCUUCUCCACUUGCAUCCCCCACCUCAUGGUUGUCUCCCUCUUAUUUAGUACUGCUGCCUUUACUUACUUAAUGCCUACUUCCAGUUCCUCAUAUAACUUGGACGAGGUGCUUGCUGUGCUGUAUUCUGUGAUGCCUCCAAUGAUGAACCCAAUCAUCUACAGCAUGAGAAAUAAGCAUGUCAAAACUGCUUUGUGGAAGAUGUUUUACUGGAGGCUUCUAACCAAGAAUAUUCAUAUUCAGCUAUAA